AUGACACCGACUAUUAGCUCAGGCGACCCCCAGGUCUUUUUGAAUUAUCGCAUCCUCCUCUCCCUCCGGGACUCAGCUAGCUCCCCCUCCCUUCCUCCACUUCGUAUCCUCGAUUCCAAGUUCUGUCUCCCUCCUCUUUCCAAACUUGCGAGUUGUGCUUUACGACACUGUCGUCUAACGGCGGGUCUUUACGGCAGCGAGAAGCGGCAGGACGGCCGCGGCCGUGGCAGCGGGAGCGGGAGUUUGGGCGUCAGUGGCGGUGGCGGCGCCGGGCGCAAGCGGCGGGGCCGACGGAGCCGGGCGUUUAGGCCCGGUGGCGGGGGGAGCCCGGCGCCCUGCAGUCUCCUGGCCGCCUCGGAGCCGCGGGGGGGCGAGGAGGCAGCGGCGGCGGGGCCCGGGUCCGGUGGCCCCGGGGGCUCCUCCUGCGGUGGGGUCGGGGGCUCCGGGCCCGGCGGCGCCGGGAACAGUAACAGCGGCGCCCCCGGGGGCAGGAUGAGUUUGUCUCCGAAGGAGCUCUCCAGCCUGCUGGGGAUCAUUUCGGAGGAGGCCGGGGGUGGCAGCACUUUUGAGGGCCUGUCCAGUGCCUUCCACCACUACUUCAGCAAGGCCGACCACUUCCGGCUGGGUUCGGUGCUCGUGAUGCUGCUCCAGCAGCCCGACCUGCUGCCCAGCGCGGCGCAGCGCCUCACCGCCCUCUACCUGCUCUGGGAGAUGUACCGCACGGAGCCCCUCGCCGCCAACCCCUUCGCGGCCAGCUUUGCCCAUCUACUCAAUCCUGCGAGCCCCGGCCGGGGUGGCCAGGAGCCUGACCGGCCUCCGCUCUCAGGAUUUUUGCCUCCUAUAACUCCACCAGAAAAGUUUUUCCUUUCCCAGCUAAUGCUGGCCCCACCAAGAGAACUCUUCAAAAAGACACCUCGACAGAUUGCCUUAAUGGAUGUAGGAAAUAUGGCCCAGUCAGUGGACAUCAGCGGGCUUCAGCUAGCAUUAGCUGAACGGCAAUCUGAAUUACCGACACAAAGCAAGGCUAGUUUCCCUAGCAUUCUCAGUGAUCCAGAUCCAGAUUCUUCAAAUUCUGGUUUUGAUAGCUCUGUUGCCUCACAGAUCACAGAAGCUUUAGUCAGUGGACCAAAACCACCUAUUGAAAGUCACUUUCGACCAGAAUUUAUCCGCCCACCACCUCCACUCCAUAUUUGUGAAGAUGAACUUGCUUGGUUAAACCCAACAGAGCCUGAUCAUGCAAUUCAGUGGGACAAAUCCAUGUGUGUUAAAAAUAGCACUGGUGUUGAGAUCAAACGUAUAAUGGCUAAAGCUUUUAAAAGUCCUUUGUCUUCUCCGCAACAAACACAGCUCCUUGGGGAAUUGGAGAAAGAUCCCAAGCUUGUUUAUCACAUUGGCUUGUCUCCUGCCAAACUGCCUGACCUUGUGGAAAAUAAUCCUCUAGUUGCUAUAGAAAUGUUAUUGAAAUUAAUGCAGUCAAGCCAGAUAACAGAGUAUUUUUCAGUCUUGGUCAACAUGGACAUGUCUUUGCAUUCAAUGGAAGUUGUAAAUCGACUUACAACAGCUGUUGAUCUACCUCCUGAGUUUAUUCAUCUUUAUAUAUCAAAUUGUAUCUCUACCUGUGAGCAGAUUAAGGACAAAUAUAUGCAGAAUCGUUUGGUACGGCUUGUGUGUGUCUUUCUCCAGUCUUUGAUCCGCAACAAAAUAAUCAAUGUGCAGGACUUAUUCAUAGAAGUGCAAGCAUUCUGUAUUGAAUUCAGUCGGAUACGAGAAGCAGCAGGCCUUUUUCGAUUACUGAAGACAUUGGACACAGGGGAAAAUCCUGCUGAGACUAAGACUUCAAAAUAGGUCUCAUCAGUUCAGCCUAUCAAGCUCUUUCUUGUUUAGUUGGUGUUUUGUAUAUCACUUGUACUAUGUUUUCAUUUUUAAAUGUUAGAACCCUAAAUGGAUGGAUGGCUUGGACUAAUAUGGUAUAAACAUUUUUGCCCAUUUGAAGCAAAGCUUUGCUUUUGCUUUCUUUGCUACUGAUUUUCCUUCUUUAAAUGAAUCUUCUGGAUGAAAUAGAACAUUUCGUCUUUGGCUGCCUUGUUGACAGUGAUCCAUGGGAAGAAUUACUAUCCUGAACUACAAUCACAAGUAAAAGUAGCUCUCCAAGCAUUAGAGAGCAAGCUUCCGGUUUUGGUUUAUAAGAACAGCUAACUACUUGCGAUAAAUCAUGAUUCAAGCUUCCCUAAACUCAGGCAAACUUUUAAGGAAUUAUUUAAAUGGGAAUAAACAAAAGACUACAGAAUUUAUGAACUGAAUUGCUUUAAGGUUAAGUCACAUCCUACAAGUGUAGCAGCUUUGAUUUGUGAUUUAAUCAUUCUCAGAAUAACAAAUUGAAGGAUUAUAAACUUUUCCUUAAAAGAAGUUGCUCAUCCCACAUUUUCAAAUGCAGCUCUAAAAGUUUUCAUUAAGCACACUAUGAACUUGCUGAGGAAAAACUUGUAUCUUUUACCCUUUAAGCUGCUUGGACUUUUAACCUGCUUUUGUGACUAUCCAUUCUGACUUUCCAAUGUGGGUAUUCAUAAAAAUGUUCCUAUUUUCUAGAUUGUUUUACCUGGAUCUAUUUUUUGUUCAUGUUUUAUCUCCAAAUAGCUUAGUGCUACUUGCGUUAAUAGGUUUGAAUGAGGUAACAUCAAAAGGAAUCAUCUAAGGAAAAGUAGAGCUCCUAAGUGUGAUACUGUCAUCCUGCCAAGGGACAACCAAGUUGGUUAUUAGAGCUUGCUUCUAAGUGUCAUCUUUUUAUUCAGAAUUUGGGAGAAAAGCAAGUUACAUCCUCUUUGAAAAGAAUGGAAGCAUAAUGCAACUGCAAGCUGGUAUUUAAGCCCUAGUCUUAUCUUACCUUUUGGGCAACAGUGCCUUACCUCAAAAAAAUUCAUUUUUACAUAUAUAAUUUGAUUUGUAUAUCCCUUUACAAAAACAAACAUCAUACCUCAUUUCAGCAAGGUGUAGUGCUUUUAUUAAGAAAUCCUACCUUGCCUGCCUUUCCUUUAUGAGAAGGAAAUCAAAGUAAAACUAAGGCAGCUAUAUCAUUUUAAGUUAACCUGGACAGAAGUUCCAUUCCUGUAAUUUAAUGGGGGGGAGGGGGCAAUCUAUAUGGAUUUAUUGAAUAAAUAGCCUAUUCUUAUGAGGUGGGGGAUAUGAGUUCUUAACAAUAUUUUUGCUUGGAGGAAAAAAUAAAAGGUUUUAAAUACCUUUUUUUUUAAAAAAAGAAAAAGUGGUUUAACCUGAAGAUUAACAACUUCUAAGUAUACAGAAUUUGUGAUACAAUGGCUGAUAAUUGCUUCCAUAUCUAUUGUUUUAGGAUUGUUUUUCGGUUUCUUUCUUUUUUUUUUUUUUUGAGAACAUUUUGAGAAAUUAAGGGAAUUAAAAUUUGGUGUGGAAGGAUUGUUGCUAGAUUCCUUAAUAUUUUCAAAUAGAGUUCCUAUCCUUUUAACUCAGCAGCCACCUGGCCACUUCCAAGUUCCUCUUCUCCCUUGGCCGAGAAGAACUCAAAUUGUAUUAAUAAAAUUAUCACUCACUAAGA